GGCUUUUCUGCAUCAAAUUACGAACUCCACGGAUGCUGAGGAGGUUGCCGAAGAGAAGCAAACAGACGCUUUGUGUUUCUACAUCUACUUUUAGCCUGUGUUUCUGUAGGAUUAGAUGAGAACGUAUGAAUUCCGUGCUAUUUGCUGGUCCCUUUGUAUUUGCCUGUGCUGUCUUGGGCGAUAACAAAGGAAGGAUAGCUAGUGUAAUUUCAGUUGUUUUGAACAUGCAGGAGGUUUUAUUUGACACGGCAGUCUUGCUGAAGUUAUUUUUUCUGUAGCGUUAGCAAUGCUGAGUUGAAAGCAGCCGACGUUAGUUAAAUCCAGAAGGUUUUCGAUGGUAAUCUGUGCGUUGUGUUGUUUCUAUUCAUCCUUACUCAGGAUACACUAUGCGUUUCUACUCAAACUUUGCACGAAUGUAAUGCCAUUGUAAAUAGGUCAAUUUUCUGGUCAACUGCGGACUAUAACAGAGAAUGAAAAUUGUGACGCAGUUGUGUAAAACAUCUUUCAUUGCCUGCUGCAGCAGUGCUGUCGGGCUUUGCGACACCUACAUCAGCUGCAGCAAAACGUCUGCGCAAUGGUUAUGUACCAGUAGGAAUAUGAUGUUAGAUUUUUUUAAGACAAUGUAAAUUGCAUUCAAUCAGUUGGGGUAAAUGUUGGGGGGUAGAGGGGUCUGAAAGAAAUAGUUGUUUUGUUAAGCCUGGGAAUUGUAGUUUGGCUUCGCAACCAGAGCAAGGUUUUCAAUGGCCUCUUUGAAGGAAAUGGACUACAACACCCAUACGCACAACUCUCUAGAUACUUUGUAAACUCUGUGCAAGUUGCGCGUCUGCACUGCUAUUUUAGGUAUGCAGCUAGUGCUAUCUGCUCGGCAGUGUGUGUUUUUUUGGCUGUUUUUGGCCUCUAGAAAUAAAUUAAACGCAUCCGGAUUCGAUGACAGCUUUUAAUCGGAAAUGUAUAGAUGACAUUUGGGGAGAAGGUAGCAUGCAUGAUCAAAUAUUAGCGAGUUUGCAUGUCUUUCGAGGAAUGCAGAGAGUCACUCCCUCAGUCGUAUGAGAUAUAUGUCUGUCGUUUUCUGAAAGGCAAACCUUGAAAGUAGAACAUACACGAAAAUUUUCAGCUGAAUUCCCACUUGACUACACUGGCCAGCAUUCAUAAGAUCCACCACACCUUGCACAGGCUGAACCUGACAGAAGACGUUGGACAGGAUAGCCACCCCUCAGCUUGUUGCUCCAGAGCCAUGCCUCCUAGAAAAAAGAGGAGACCCUCUGCUGGAGAUGACAUGUCAGCCAAGAAAAGUCGCCAGGACAGUGUUUUCAGAAAACAUGAAACAUCACAAAUCCGCGAGGAGGAGACAUUUUCCAGUAAAAGAUGCUUGGAGUGGUUCUAUGAAUAUGCAGGUUGUGAUGACGUGGUGGGCCCAGAGGGCAUGGAGAAGUUCUGUGAGGACAUUGGAGUGGAGCCAGAGAAUGUGGUGAUGCUGGUUCUUGCUUGGAAACUGGAUGCCCAGAGUAUGGGAUAUUUCACUCUCCAGGAGUGGCUCAGAGGCAUGGGCCUGCUGCAGUGCGACUCCACAGAGCGGCUGAGGAAUUCGCUCGACUACCUGAGAUCUGUGCUAAACGACAGCACCAGUUUUAAGCUCAUUUAUAGAUAUGCCUUUGAUUUUGCCCGGGAAAAGGAUCAGAGGAGUUUGGACUUGAACACAGCCAAGUGUAUGCUGGGGCUUCUUCUUGGAAAGACGUGGCCUCUGUUUCCUGUGUUUAAUCAGUUUCUAGAGCAAUCCAAGUACAAAGUCAUCAACAAAGACCAAUGGUGCAAUGUUUUAGAGUUCAGCAGGACAAUCAACCUGGACCUCAGUAACUACGAUGAGGAUGGUGCUUGGCCAGUUUUGUUGGACGAGUUUGUGGAAUGGUACAAGGAAAGACAGAUGUCAUAGGCACAUAGCAGAAUGGAAAAUGGAAAAAAUACAACUGUGACAACAACGACUAUGAAAAUCAACAACCAAUAAGUAAACAAUACAAAAAUGGUAAAGCAGUGACUGUGGGUGCUUCCUGGUAGAAGAGGGGGUUCUGUGGGUGGGCAAGGGUGGGGGCACUGGGUUUGCAGCCUGGGUGCAUGCUGCCCAGAGCGCGGAGGCGGAGGGCUGCCAUUGUGGAGUUAUGUUACCUACCGAAGUUGCAAAGUGGGCAAGCUUGCAGCAAUCCCCGGUGGCAUUGCUCUCUCUCACUGUGACAUGUCAUAUUGCUGUCUGUGUUAGGAUAACAUGGUAUCAUACAUGGACGAUUGAAGCAAAAUGGUAUUGUGUGGGAGAACCACCCCUCACCCCUUGUCUUCAACACAGAGAAACCAACAGUGACCAUUCAUGCAUUGUGUCUGAGUCUUAAACAGGGUCACUUUGACCUGGGCACAUUUAAAUAUUAUAUAUCUGUGCAAUGAACUUGAACUUGAGCUUUUCUGGACGGAUGGCACUUUUGUUUGUCAUAUUCUGAGUUGGAUUAGGAGUUCUUCAAGAAGCACACUGUGUCAAAUGGUUGAUCGCAGGUUUCUGGUGCCUGUGCUGUUUACUAUUGAUUUGUGCCAGUGAUUUUUUUUUUCUCCCUCCAGUUUUUGUUCCUUCCUGCUGUUUUGCUCCAGCUAAUGCUAACAGUUUGCUAACCCCCCUGCAAAGGCUUCAGACCUCAUAACACCAAACAAAUCAGCAUUGCUGCUUACUAACUCUUAUCAGUACAGCGGUGAGCCACUAGUGCUCUGAUCAGCAUUUAUCGGUCUGAUGAUCGAUAUAUGUAUCUACGUUGUGUAGGUAAGAGUAUUAUUGUGCCUCAAAACAUGGAAGUCACUUUGUGUGUCCCACACACAUACCAACAAACCCAAAUGUAUAUACAUGUGUGAGAACACAUACAACACACACACACACACACACACACACACACACAUACAGAUACAGACACACUGAGUGGUCAGGGAUUACUUCAGGAUGAAUUCAGACUGUUUGGGCUGUGUUAUAAGUUGACAUAGAGCUUGUUGGUGUCCAUUUUGUCUUGAUAUGUGGCAUCUGUUUUGUCCUCCUUAGUCCACUGAUAGUCUCCUCUUACUAGUAGCAUCUCUCCCAACACUGACAGUGUUAAUAUAACUACAGUGGAAGACCAGUGACCCUCUCAGGACGAGGUCCUUAAGGCUUGAGUUGGAAGGUAGGUUUGCUGAAAGCGUUGCUUUGUACCACCCGUAGGAUCUAAUCAAAACAAUGGACACUGACAGUUUGGAACUGUGUGAUGAUGCUAUGCUGUUCUUUUUCGCCUAGUAUAAUGUUCUUGUAACACCUGUAUAAAUUUUUGUCUUUGGCUGUGGUGUGAUGCUGAAUUGUCAGAUUUAAUAUUUGCAUGCAUGCUCCAACAGAGCCUUUUGUGAAUGGAUGAGAUUUUUUGAAAACAUUUUUCAAAACGCGUUUUUGUUUUGUACAGGAAUUUGUGCAAGUGUUUUGUGCUUAAUUUGAUAUUCACAAUCAUGUUCUCUUAAUUCUGAUGAACAACAUGAUUGUGUCUAUUAAGACCUGGAACACACCUGUAACCUCACGGUGGAGCAGGAGUUCCCUCCUGCAUUUGCCCCAUCUUACACAUCCCUACACAUGCUGUGAAGCUUAAGGUAGCUGCAGACAGGAUGUGAUUUUAUUUAUUUUAUUCACUCUGUCAUGAUACACAGACAUUAAAAUUUGCUGUGAUGACAAAAUACAUCAGUU